AUGGAGAAUGACAAAAAGAUGCUGGUCAGCCUGUGGGUGGCACUGGCUGAAGAAGUUAUGAGAUUUCCAUCACCAAACCUGACAAGAAUACUGGAGGAGGUGACAAAGGGGGCCUGGUCUAGAACUGUUAACAAAUCUGCUAAUCUCCUUUCUCAGUCCUGUAAUGGAGUCCUUUCUUUAUCUCCAGGAUCAGAUGUCUCGAAAGAGAUUCAAGCCAGUCUCAAGCCCCCUCAUAUUAGGAUUCAUAUUAAAGGCCUCUAUGAGACACAUAAAAGAGAUGUGUGUGAAUCCACAAAAAAACUGGAAGAUCAGCCUUCUCCUGGAAAUCCACGCACUCAGGGUGUGGGCUUUGACACUCGAUAUACUGAGCUGAUGGUCAUUAAACAGUACAAAAGAAGCUAUAAUGAAACUCACCAUGAACUUGUGAAAACUGGGACGACUCAUGCAGAGAUGAUGGAGGAACAUACAAAAGUAAAAUGUGAGCGAAUCUGGACUGAGCAGCUUUUAAGGAGGAGUCCAGGUAGUGAAACUUGUCCCAACAUUGUAGUAGUUAGUGGAGUGGCUGGAAUUGGGAAGACCACUAUGGUUCAGAAGAUUAUGUAUGACUGGGCCAGAGGCACUCAGAAUCAGAGGUUUGCAUUUGUCUUCCUGUUCAAAUUCAGGGAGCUCAACCUGCUAGACACAGAGACAGAGCCACAGCAGCCACUGACAAGGCUGAUUGCAAGGCACUAUAAAUACCUCUAUGAUGACAGACUAAAAGAAAUCCUGCAGAAACCAGAAUCUCUCCUCUUUAUACUCGAUGGCCUGGAUGAGUACAAACACAAACUAGACUUCACACAGAAGAAGCUCUGCUCAAAUCCAGAGGAACUCUUUUCUGUCCACGUCCUGAUCACCAGCUUGGUCAGCCAGACAUUACUGAAGGGCUGUUCAGUCCUAAUCACAAGCCGACCAACAGCCUUGGAGUCACUGGACAUGAAGAGAGUUAAUCGAUUUGCUGAGAUCCUGGGUUUUUUCCCUGAACAAAGGCUAAUGUACUUUAAGAAUUUCUUUGGUGAUGCAGACCUGGGCACAGAGGCUUUUCGAUAUGUGGAGGAGAACGCCAUUCUUUACACCAUGUGCUUCAACCCCUCGUAUUGUUGGAUUAUCUGCUCUGUGCUGAAGAGCCACUUUAUGACACCUGCAGAAGAGCGAGGAGCCUCCCCUAAAACUGUCACUGAGCUCUUUGUGAUGUUCCUUCACAACAUCCUGACCAAUCACAGGCGAGAAGCUGAGGACCAGAAGGAAAUUCUGGUGAAACUGGGAAAGAUGGCUUAUUACGGGGUGACCAAUAGAACUCUUGUGUUUUAUGACAAGUUUGAGAUGUCUACUUUUGGUCUCCAGUCAAUUCUGUCCACUACAUUCCUUUCUGGGUUCCUUAAAGAAAUCCUGCAGAGAGAAAGCACUCUGCAGCACACAACAUAUACAUUCUUCCACCUCACCCUGCAGGAGUUCAUGGCUGCCUGCUCCUUCUACCUCGAGCCAUCAGGGGGCAUCGAGGGCAUGCUUAUGAAUAUGGACUAUUAUAAAGAUGGACGGUUUGAGAUUUUUACUCGAUUCUUGGCAGGAUUGGCCAGCCCCUCUGUGUUCGAAACAGUGGGGUUAAUCCUGGGAAAAUUUGACAGGACGACAGCAAAGCUGAUCUUAGAUUGGUUAAAGAAAAAAGCUGAACAGGCUGCACAGAGCAGAAAUAAACUUGAAGUUAUGCAAGUGUGUCAGUGGCUCUAUGAGACUCAGAACAAGAAAUUAAUCAGAGAUGCCAUUGGGAAAGAUUUAAAUAUGGAUUUUAGUAACACAACUUUAUCUCCACUGGACUGUGCUGUGCUCGGGUCCAUCAUCAGCUGCUGUGGAAAACUUCUUGGGCUUAACCUUUCAAACACAAAUCUUACCCCAGAAUGUAUCAGAAGAGUUUCACAAGGACUCGUCUAUUGUAGAAGUGUAGGGUUGGUCAAAUCUGGUCUCACCUGUGAAUGCUGCAUGGCUCUCUCCUCAGCUCUCUCUGCUGAACACUCACAACUGAAUGAGCUUUGGCUGAACAACAAUGCCCUGGGUGAUUAUGGAGUGCGUUUGCUGUGCGAGGGGCUGAGGAACAAAAACUGUAAAUUAGAAAAACUGAGUUUGCGGUCAUGUCAUCUCACCUCUACAAGCUGUGCAGCUUUCUCCUCUGCUCUCUCUAAUGAACACUCACGACUGACUGAGCUGGAGCUAUUAGGCAAUAAAUUGGAGGACUUAGGAGCACAUCGGCUGUGUGAAGGACUGAGGAGCCCAAACUGUAAAUUACAAAAAUUGACGUUCAACCACUUGAAAGCUUCUCACCAUCUCGUCAGUGUCACUCAGGAGUGCCGGGAGCUGAGGAUGAGUCCAGGCCAGAAUGAAAAUCUGGGACUAUUUCCAUCCCAUAGCCUCAGUUACUCCCCGUGUCUUCUUUUCUUUUCUCCUCAUCAUUACAGGCUUUCGUCUUGUGGCCUCACAUCUGGAUGCUGUCAGGCUUUCUCCUCAGUUCUAUCUGCCGACUGCACACACCUUAAUGAACUGUGGUUGGGAGAAAAUAACCUGGAAGACCUGGGAGUGUGCAUGCUGUGUCAGGGGCUGAGGAACCAAAACUGUAAAUUAGAGAAACUAAGGUUGGACAGUUGUGGUCUCACUUCUGGAUGUUGCUCUGAGCUGUCCUUGGUUUUCUCUACUGAACACUCACGACUGACAGAGCUGGAACUUAGACAUAAUAAUCUGGAGGAUUCAGGAGUACAUCAGCUGUGUGAGGGUUUGCGGAGCAACAAUUGUAAAAUAAAGAAACUGGGGUUGCAAGCUAUCAAGAUCAGUGAGGAUGGAAGCAGGAGUCUGGAGUCUCUAAAGGAGGAUAUGAUGAGAUCUGGAUGGCUGAUGGAUAUCACUAUAUGAGAUAACCAUGUAGGCACAACACC